AUGGUUCAACUGCAGGAGGCGGGAGAGGGACAUCACGAUGGGUCCGGUGGGACGGAGGACGAAGGGUGGACGGGCUGUGGUGUGGACCAAGGUCGCUGCCACCCUGGCUUUGCCCUGGAGCCCGCAGAGCUGAGACCUGACACCAACCACAAGGAGAAUCGGCGGAGACUCCGGAAGAGCCAGGCCAGCAGACAUGGCCGGUGGGUGCCCGUGGGCCAGGCCGAGAGCAGGGGGGCUGCCACCACACCAUCCCCGGGGGCAGUGCUGUGCCAGGAGCCCUGCCGAGUCCAGAGUCACCUGACCAGCCCCAGCCUGGGCCUCGCCCUGAGGGACACGCUUGGCCUGCUGACCAACUCAAGCUUCCGGCAGCAGAGCAACUUGUAGCCCCCGGCCGGGAGGCCCCAAGGGAGAGCCCAGGCGUUUGCCAUCCAGCAGAGCAAGCCGAGCGUCAGGGAGACCAGCGUGGCUGAGUGGGGACGUCACCUCUGGUCGGGGGCUCAGGAAAGCUUCUGGCCGCACAGGAUGCCCGGGGGAAGCCCCCGACCCCGAGGGCCACUGGCUUCCCCAGCCUCCCGCCCGAGGUGGUUCCGGCUGCUGUCCACCAAUAGCCCCUGCCCAGACAUUGGCCCGCUGCAGGCCUGCCCGCUCGAAGGGCACACGCGGCCGGACCCCAGAUCCCAGUGUGGCCUGGGGGGCUGGACCUCCAGGCUCGUGGGGGAAGCCCUCACCCUGGAGGAGCCGGCUGUCCCUGGCCAGAGCCGGACUCGGGCUCCAUCCCAAGCUGCCAUUCACCAGCUGCUGGCCUCCGUGCAACGCCUGAAGCGUGAGGCAGUCUGUCUCAGGUGCCAGGCACCCCGGGAGCCCCCAGGCCCUGUGCAGCAGGAGCCCUGGACCAGAGCUGGCCAGAUACUCCCUGCUCGCCCCCAGCCCAGCCAGCCUGUUCUUGCUUCCUGGGAUGAGAGGAGGAAACAUUCCCAAGGGUUCAGGGAAACUGCAGGUUUCCCAGAAGCACCGGGGGUCCAGGAUGGUCUCUCAGACUCUCAGGCCAGCAGCAAGCCUGGAACACUGGAGACUACUUUGGAGAUGCUGCCUGGGGUUGCCCUUGACCCUGAGCAAGGGGUCCUUCCUGCCCACCCUGUAAGACGAGGAGAGAAGUGCUCCGCAGGGACCACAUAGGGCAGGUGACAGAAGGAGGACCCCCUGCUCCCUCAAGGGACGGCCAGCAGGGAGGCCAGACUCUGCUCUUCAGCCUCGUCCAGUUCAGCCCGGGGCAUCCUCCCUGGGCGGGAAGGAGGGGGCAGGACCCCACGGGAGCAGGUCGGCAGGGAAGAAGAGAGGCCGGCUUCCGGUCUGCCAGACACGGCCCCCCGCAAGGAGUGCCCUGCAGACUCGGGCCUGACGGAGAUAAGGCCCGGAUGGCAGAUCCUUGCAGAAUUUCAGGGGGAGGGAACCUCCCCGGGCCCCAAGGACAGGAACGCGAGUCCCGGGAAUCCUAAACCCUGGCCGGCCAGAUGUUUCAGAGCGUGGCGGCACUGGGUGCAGAGGCGGCGGGCAGUGGCAGCGGCCAUGGCGCUGGGCUGCCGGCAGCUGUGGCGCAGGGGCCUACGGGCGCCGCGGUGGACACUGUGGCUCCGGGAGGCCCAGCUGGAGGCGGCGUGGGGACGACACACGCAGGCCCUGCUGGCGCGGACCUUCCAAAAGUGGAGAAACUUGAUUCAGCAGCAGAAACAAGGGCGGCUUCACAUCCAGGCUGAGCCAGGAACCCCAUCCUCAGGGGGAGGCCAGGACCGAGGCCCCUCAGGAAGGAAGCCGGUGGUGGACACCGCCUGGAGAAGCAGUCCAAGGAGUCGGAGGGAGGAGGUGGGAGCCCAGCCGAUUCCGUUGUGUUCUGGACCGAGGCCAGAUGGAGGAGACAGGGGAGUCCAGAUCCUGCAGGCUCUGCAACAGCUGGCUGCCUUCCUCCUGUGGUGCCAUCAGAGGGAAUGGGCCAGGCAGGAGAAGGGGGUCCAGGGAGAGGCCUCCGGGGCCAUGUUGAGGACUCAGAGGAUGGAGAGGCGCCCCCAGGCCUGGUUCUCUCCUGCUGCAGAUGUAGCCUGGGUGUCCCCACUGGACACCCAGUGCCAGAGGGCCUGGCUCUGCAGGUGCUUUGGGGCCUGGCAGCGGUUCGUGCAAAGAGGGACCUGGUACCGGGGCCACAUGGCCAACCGCCGGGCAGGGCCCCUGAGGCUGUGCCUGCAGCAGUGGGUGCAGAUGAAGCAGCUCCAGGCCUCAGAUGGGGCGAAGGUGAUCCAGCUGUCCCUUUGUUGGCGGAAGGCAGGUGAGCGAGUGGCGGAGUGGCGGGCCAAGGGGCUCCCUCUCCCUCCCACCCCAGCCAACACUCCUGGUCUUAGGGGGAUGUACAACCCCUGCCCCCGACCCACCAAAACCCGACAGAGGAAGAUGGGAUCUUCCAGGUGUCCCGGUGGGGAGGUUUUGGGGGUGGUGGCCCGGGCCCAGGCGCUGCCCCGGGAGCAAGGCCGGGGCUCCCUGUAGGAAGCCGGCCGGAGGCUGGCCCUCCACCGGGCGCUGCUGCUUUGGAGGACGCAGCUCUCCCAGCGCCAGCAGGCAGACUCCUUCUUCGAGGGCGUGCAGCAGCGGGCGCUGCGUCACAGCCUGAGGGGUUGGCACCUGAGGGCACGGGAUCCAGGCAGCGCCAGGACCACCUUGGCCUCAGCGGUUCUGGGCGGCGUCCUGGGAUGCCGGGCCCAGCAGGACACCCCGCAGCUCCCUGGAGAGGGUGAGGGGCUUCCCGGGCCCUCCCCGCUCCUGGAGGAGUUCCCGGUGAGCUUUCUGUGGGCAGCUGGGCGGCGGCAGCAGGGGCGACACCUUCUGCUCUGGCAGGCGCAGGCCCAGCAGUCCCGGGGCAUGGCACGGCGGCACCAGCGCAACCUUCAGAGGCGCAUCCUCCUUGGCUGGAGCCACGGGGCAACAGCCCAGGGGGCCAGGAGAGAGCUGGCUGCCCCCCGGGCCUGGGAUCAGAGCUGCAGGGCUGCGCUGGGCCUGUGGCAGCAGCGGCUGGUGCAGCAGCAGGAGACGGAGCAGUGGGCCCGGGAGUGGGGCGGGGACAGCAGCGACGUGCACUGGGCCACCGUCACUGCCACUGGCAGAGGCCUGCGCAGGGCCGUGUUCCGGGGCUGGUAGGAGGCAGCAGCUCGUCAGAGACCCACGGCGGCCAGUCCAGAGUAGCUCCUACUGCAGAGCCACUUCCGGGCCUGGUGUGGAGUAGUGAGAGACACAGUGACGCCCCGGGUCAAGGGUCCAGCCUUCCAGGAUGGCCGGAGGAGAUGGGCACCAGGGGCCACACUUGCCAGUGAAGCCCCAGAAGCUGCAGCCCGGCCUCAGGAGCAGCACGUGGCCCAGGCCCCCUUCUCCUGCUGGAGAAGCCAAGCACAGGGACACCAGGUGGACAGCAAGGUGAGGAGGGCCCGGGCCCAGCAGACCUUCGUUGCAAGGCAAGUGGCCCCAGGCGAGUGCUGUGAGGCCCGCCAGCAGGCAGGAGAGAGAACCCAGGCCCAGGCCCUGUGCUGGAUGCUGUGGGCACGUGAGUCCUGCCUGCAGCGGGUCAGCCAAGACCAUGCUGCCCCGAAGCUGAGCGUCAGGGUCCCAGAGGCCUGCGCCCAGUCAGCGACCCGGGGCUGUGUCCAGCGAACUGCCAUCACCCAGUUCCAGCGGGCUGGGCCCAGGCGCCUCCUGCGAACCCACUGGGCCCAGUGGCGGGCAGCGCUGCUCAGAGCCCGCAGCUGCAGGCCACAGGCCACAGGGCCUGGCCUGCCCAGCCCAACCAAGCACCACGGCCCCAGUGGACAGAGGAAGCAGAGAGAAAUGUCCCGGACUCAGACUCCAGCUGCAGGGGCCCAGGGCCAGCGCCCUACGGGGCCAGAAGGGGACCGCAGCUCUGAGACCAAAGACCUUGAGGGCAAAGGCGAGGCUGAGCAAAGGUGUCUGGGGUGGGAGCAGAGUGUGUGCGUGGAGAGCUGCGGAGCAGGCCCAGGCCCGUGGCUCUGCCCUCUUUCCUGGCCAUUAAGGGGUCGUGAUGCCCUUUGCUGUCAAGACACACACCAGGGCCUCUCCCCUCAGGAGGAAGUACCUGCAGCGCUGGCGCCUUUAGGCACUGCUCCACGGGCUCUGGGGUUCCUGCAGGCCAGGCCCGGGCAGCUGCGUGGCAGCGCUGGGUAGACGCUCAGGGGACGGAGCAGCUGGUGUCGACACUGACGAGUGGGGCGGCCCCUCCCCACCCUCACGCUGUUCUCCCAUCACGUCCCGUUCCCAGCCCUAACCCCUGGAAACGCAGUCUCUGAAAGUAAGUUCAGGCCUUUGGACUUACCAAGCCUGAAACCUCGGGAACAGGUGCAGGAAUCUGCAUUGCUAGCACACCUCAGGUGACACCUCCUCGUCACACCCCCUUCCUCCUGGUGCCGCAGAGGCGCAGGCAGGGAGAGGCAGCCGGGACAGCGGAGGGCCCAGCUCGGGGCUUCCUCGCGACUGUCCCCAUAGCUCAGGCAGUGGCACCUGAGGCGGGCCUGGC